GGUGCAAGUCGUUGACAAUUCCGACACAUAACAGUUACACGUAUUUGUGUUCUAGUGUUUUAUUGUGUUUGUGAUUAAUAUCCGAGUAAGAAAUAUUUUGGCUUAUUUUGAAAACGAUGACUUAACUGCAGCACAAACAGUCAUGCGGCGCGCAAUACUGCUGCUACUCGUGGUGCUGUUCGCUGCUGCUGCCGCGUGCCCCUGGGCGUGCUCCUGCCGACCGAAUGCUGCUGAUUGUGCGCACAGAGCGCUGCUGCACGUUCCACGGAGACUACCCAUCGAUGCCCAUCGACUAGACCUGCAAGGCAAUAACAUCAGCAUCAUUUUCCAGAGUGACUUCCAGAACUUGAAGGAAUUGAAGAUUCUACAAUUAUCAGAAAAUCAAAUACAUACGAUCGAACGCGACGCAUUCUUGGAGCUGAACGCACUCGAACGCUUGAAACUGAGCAAUAAUCGACUCGGCCACUUGCCUGAUGGCCUUUUUGUGAGAUUGAGGCAUCUACAGCGUUUGGACCUUAGUCGAAACGAGCUGACAGCGAUCAGUAAGCGCACGUUCCGUGGGCUGACCGCUUUGAAGAGUCUCCACUUGGACGGUAAUCAGCUGAAAUGCAUCGACGAAAAAGCCUUGGAACACUUGAAGAGCCUGGAAGUGCUGACACUGAACAACAACAAUCUUACCUACCUCUCAUUGGAGGCCGCGUCUGUUGCUCGUCUGCACACGUUGCGACUCACCGACAAUCCAAUCGUGUGCGACUGUCGCGUCGCCCGUCUGUCUUCGUCAGUACGUGCAGCUGGUAUACUCGGGCUUGGAGCGAGAUGUCAGGCACCAGCAACACUCAGGGGUGCGUUGCUCACAGAGUUGGAGGCCCACGAACUAAUAUGCAACGGUCCGACAACAGCAAUAAUAGCAGAAUGUUCAGCGGAACCGCGCUGCCCCCCACCCUGCCGCUGUUCCCCCGACGGCACCGUCGACUGCCGUGAGAAGUUGCUCACAGAGCUUCCGUCUACCAUACCUCAUAGAGCUACCGAAAUUCGCCUAGAACAGAACGAGAUCACAGAAGUGGGGGCGGGAGCUUUUUCAUCUGUCAAGCGAGUGGCGCGAAUCGACCUGUCAAACAAUAAAAUUGUCAAGUUAGCCGCCGACGCGUUCAACGGCUUGACACAUUUGACGUCUCUAGUGCUAUAUGGAAACAAGAUAAAGGACUUACCGUCUGGUAUAUUCCAUGGUUUAACUUCAUUGCAACUAUUGUUGUUGAACUCCAACGAAGUCAGCUGCGUCCGAAAAGACACCUUCAGAGAUUUACAGAGCCUUAAAUUAUUAUCCCUUUACGACAAUAAUAUAAGAUCGAUACCGAAUGGAACCUUCGAUUCUUUAUCCGGCAUUCAGACACUUCAUUUGGGUCGGAAUCCGUUCGACUGCGACUGUUCCCUACGAUGGCUGGCCGCGUACUUGCGCAAAAACCCGAUCGAGACGUCGGGAGCGAAGUGCGACACGCCGAAACGUAUGAACAGGAAACGCAUAGACGCCCUCCGCGAAGAAAACUUCAAGUGCAAACCCGGCGAGGCGGGCGGCGCGGCGGGCGGCGCGGAGGGCGGCGCGGCGUGCGGCGCGGGCCCGCCGUGCGCCGCGGCGUGCACGUGCUCGCGCGCGGCGCCGGCGCGCGGGGUGCGCGUGGCGUGCGCGCGCGCCGCGCUGGCCGACCUGCCGCGCGACCUGCCGCUCACGACGCACGCUCUCAUCAUGCCGGAUAACAAUUUGGGUCAGAUCAAGUCGGACGGACUCUUCGGAAGGUUGCCGGAUCUCACGAAGUUGGACUUCCGCAAUAAUGGUAUAACAAUAAUAGAAGACAACGCGUUCGACGGCGCCGCUUCGAUACAAGAACUGUUACUUGACGGAAACCUGCUCCAUACGGUUACAGACAAAAUGUUCUUCGGGUUGCACAGUCUUAGCGUUUUAUCACUCACAGAUAAUAAAAUAACGUGCAUAACGCCGGGCUCGUUUGAUCAUCUCAAUUCCUUGUCUACUCUGUCGUUGAGUGGAAACCCGUUGCACUGCACGUGCCACAUCUCGUGGGUGAGCGGCUGGCUGCGGGCGCGCCGCCUGGCGACCGGCGCCACGUGCGCGCACCCCCCACCCCUGCGCGGCGCUGAACUGCAGCACCUGGAGUUGGCGGACUUCAAGUGCACACCGGAGGACGAGGGCUGCCUGCCGGCGGAGUACUGCCCGGCGGGCUGCGCGUGCGCGGGCACGGUGGUGCGCUGCGCGCGCGCACGCCUGGCCGCGCUGCCGCCGCGCCUGCCGCCGCACACCACCGAGCUGUAUUUGGAGUCCAACGAAAUAACGAGCAUAUCGGCCGAACAAAUCCGACACCUCACCCAGCUGACGCGGCUGGACCUUUCGAACAACAAGAUCAGCGUCCUCUCCAACGACACCUUUGAGGGUCUCACCAAGCUGUCCACUCUCAUAGUCAGCUACAACCGGCUGAGAUGUGUGCAGCGCGACGCGUUAAAAGGACUGACACAGCUCCGCGUUCUGUCCCUUCACGGUAACAACAUCUCCAUGCUAGCUGAUGGAGUCUUCAGGGACUUGGAGUCCAUAUCUCAUGUCGCGUUAGGAUCCAACCCUCUGUACUGCGACUGCUCGGCCCGCUGGUUGAGUGAAUGGGUGAAGGUCGCCGGCGAGUACGUGGAGGCUGGUAUCGCUCGCUGCGCUGAUCCUCCGCCGAUGAGGGAUAAGUUGGUGCUCAGCACCAGUUCCAGCGCGUUCGUCUGUAAUGAGGCGGCGCCGGCGGACGUGAUCGCGAAGUGCGACCGCUGCUACCGCAACCCGUGCCUGCACGGCGGCGCGUGCGCGGCGGGCGCGGGCGGCGGGUACUCGUGCGCGUGCGCGCGCGGCUUCCACGGCGACACGUGCCAGCACCAGAUCGACGCCUGCUACGGCUCGCCCUGCGCGCACGGCGCCUGCCAGCUGCUGGAGGAGGGCCGCUUCCACUGUUCCUGCCACGCCGGCUACACCGGCGUGCGUUGCGAGGUGAACAUCGACGACUGCCUCGCGCACCGCUGUCAGAACAACGCGACGUGUGUCGACCACCUCGAAGGUUACACUUGCAAGUGUGCCCCCGGCUUUAUGGGUGAAUUUUGUGAAAAGAAGAUUCCGUUCUGCACACAAGAAUUCAAUCCGUGCGCGAAUGGUGCCACCUGCGUGGACCACACCAGCCACUAUUCUUGCACCUGUCUCAAGGGUUACUCGGGACAGAACUGCACUGUCAACGCUGAUGAUUGCCUCAACCACAUGUGCCAAAACGGAGCGACGUGCGUGGACGGAUUGGACGAGUACCGCUGCGCGUGCGCGGCGGGGUACGCGGGCCGGUACUGCGAGGCCGCGCCGCACGCCGCGCUCGGCACGUCGCCCUGCGCGCACCACGACUGCGUGCACGGCGUGUGCUACCUGCCCGCGCUCGCUCUGCACGACGACAUCAUGAUGGAGCGCCCGCUGCUGGCGCCGCCCGCAGACUACAUGUGCAAGUGCGCGCCUGGGUACUCCGGUCGUCUAUGCGAGUAUCUCACAUCCCUUACUUUCAACUACAACGAUUCCCUGGUGGAGUUGGAACCACUCAGGACCAUACCUCAAGCCAACGUUACUCUUGUGUUCAGCACUAAACAGCUCCACGGCGUGCUGAUGUACUUCGGUGACAGCGAGCACCUCGCGGUGGAGCUGUUCAACGGCAGGAUCCGCAUCAGCUACGACGUUGGGAACCAUCCCACGUCCACCAUGUACAGUUUCGAAAUGGUCUCCGACGGUAACUACCAUAAAGCUGAAUUGAUUGCGAUCAAGAAAAAUUUCACUUUGCGUGUCGACGACGGACCCGCGAGGUCCAUCAUCAAUGAAGGCAGUAAAGAGUUUCUCCGUCUCGAGAGGCCCAUGUUCGUCGGAGGAGUGCCGGAGGACGUCGCUAAGGACGCUUUCAGCAAAUGGCACUUGCGUAAUAUUACCAGCUUCAAAGGCUGCCUGAAAGAGGCGUGGAUCAACCACAAACGCGUAGACUUCGUAAAUGCGGCGCGGACAUCGCGCACGCGCGCCGGCUGCGGCGGAGACGAGCCCGCCAUGCCCGCUCGACCGCACGCGCUGCAAGAGGACGGCGCGCACGAGCCCGACCCGUGCGUGCCCAACCCGUGCGCGCGGGGGGGCCGCUGCGUGCGCGAGGCGGGCUCCCGCUCCGACUACACGUGCCGCUGCCGCGCCGGCACGGCGGGCGCGCAGUGCGAGCUGCGCACCUCCGUCGGUGGUGCUCCGGUUAUCACACAAGUCAAACUCCCUCCACGGAAGCAGAUAAUCAGCAACGUUCAGGCGUCACCAGCUGCGCCCGCGCAAAAGCAGUACCCGGAAGAAGCGCCAGCGCAACCUUCGACUGGUGGUGCGUGCCGAAAGGAAGCCACCCGUGAGUUCAUAACGGAGGGCUCAUGUCGGAGUCGUCGUCCGGUUCGUGGAGCGCGGUGCUCUGCAAAGGCCUCCGGCACCCCGGGGGGAUGUGGAAGAGCUCUGUGCUGCGCUCCCAGGAAAACUAAGAAGAGAAAGAUCCGCUUAGUUUGUGCUGACGGUACGAGAUACACCAAAGAUAUAGAAAUAGUACGCAAGUGUGCCUGCGGUAAAAAGUGCCCGAGGAACACGCCCUUCAUACACUAAACACUCAUUCUAUUCAAACUAAUUUGAACAAAAAUUAAAUAAAAACAUUAGUUAAAGCGUUUGCUCAAGCACACGUGAUAGACGUUGAACCUACUUGCUUAAACGUUUCACUGAAACGUUACAUACAUGAACGUUGUCUAUCUGAACUUGAAAUUUGACGGUAUUGGCGCCCAUUUUAUUUAAAUUUUGGACAAAUUCGUUUUUAAAGAAUAAUUUCAUUAUUUUGUCUCAUUAGUAUCACAGUAUCACGUAUGUGAUAUAUAUACGUAUCACGAUGAAUGUUGAUAAUAUUAGAAAGAGACCAAUUCAAAAAGCAACGCGUAAAAGCGAGGCGCAUUUAGACAGUUUAAAUAUGAAGCUGCCGUCGUAGACUAUUAAACAGAUAAAAAAUUUAAAAGCGACAAUUAAUUUAUCAUUUAACAUAUUAUUUACAAGAAUUCAGAAAAUCAAAAGCGAAUAUCAACUUAUCAACGAAUAAUCCAUAGACAAUAAUCGUCCAUAGUAAAUUUUUAACAUUUUUAAAUUAAAUUUUCGAAUACAUUAUGCCUUCCAGUAUAACGGCCUAUUGCUUUAAUUUUUAAAUGAAUAACUAAAAAUAAUAAAAAAGGUCUUUAAGCUAUACGCAUUCUUACGAAAUAACUUCAAAUUGGGUAAGAAAAAUUGAGAUAACUUUUUAUAUUCAUAAAAUAAGGUUCCAUUUCAAUGGGGUAGACAUACGGACUAUCUCUUAUCUGUAACUUUGAGAAAAGCGUCCAGUUAGUCGUCUUUCGCCCUGAAGACGAAGCUAAGCUUGCAUACCCACUAAGCUAAUAAUAACCAGCAUCUACCAGGGCCUCUUUCUUUUUCGGAAUAGAGAUUUUGUAAUAGUAACGCCAUCGGUUCUACCCUCUAUACUCCCAAAGAUAAAUGUCAUUCCAUAAUUACGUAUUGCCAACUCUUAAAACAAAGUAUAAAAGAAAUAAUUCCGCCAUAUACGUUAGAUGCAACUUAAAAGUUUUUCAAACCAAUCAUAUCAAUAAAUAUAUUUAAUAUAUUUUGUUUAUUUAAGGCUUUAAUAUAUACGUCUAAUAGAUACGUCAUUAAUUUAUAUAUAUAAUAAUAAUAAAUAUUGAAUUUGAAAGAGAUUUUGAACGAUGGUUGUAGUUCAAAAUCUAAACAUUGAUUCAUACCUGAUUUGUAGCUAAUUAAAUACAACUAACGCGAGGAAACCUGUGUUGAAGUACAUUAAAGCCUUAUAUACAAAUUAAAAUAGCUACUGUACAAAUCAUGACCGCAAAAUAGUGGCAAAAAUGCUAGAAGCAUUUCCCCUUUGAAUCGCAAUUCCGAUCCUCUUGGCCUCUGAAAAAUUACCCAGCCCACCCAAAUACAUCUGUUAAUCACACUCAUUACUUACUCUUAAUGAAAGCGGAGACCUAUUAUAUCCAGUCAUAAAAUAUUUAUACUAACAAACAAACUUCCCUUUGCGCUUACCUACGCAUGCUUAUUACACAUUGACCCAAAGUUUGCGCAGGUACAUUUUUGUUGAUUUCGCACGGUGUUAUAAAAGCUGGCGUACAUUUUGAAUGAAAUUAAAAUAUGGAUACAUUUCUCUGACUUAUGGAACUUAUUCCAUGGAUGAAAAUCUCGUCUACUUUUGUAAUGUUUUGUAUUUAUGAACUAUUAGGUCUAACUUUGUACCCCAUUAGAAAUAACUAAAGCUUAAAUAUACUCAACGUUUAGGUAAUGCAUUUAUUGUUUAUGCCCCGGAGGCUAUUAUUUUAUCUAUAUUUUUAAUAUAUCAUAGAUAUGUAAAAUGGACUCCAGCUGGUUUUUUUUUUUGUAAUUGUGUUUUUAAUUAAAAUGAAGCAGUGAAUUGCAACUUUCACGCCCAUUUUACAUAUUCAUGUUGAUUUUUUUUUUGUAACGCAAAGUUGCAACUUAAUUUUAAACUGCCAUAAAUUUUACAUGAAUUUUCUCAAAUUUUAAUCUUAAACAAUAUUAUGUGUUCAUGUAAUAAUAAUAUAUUUAUAAUUCUCUAGAUGUUUAUUGAAUAUUUUAUAUCGAUAAGUUAGUAUUAGGCAUACAAAUAAUAAGUUCCCGCGUUUUUUAUAUUCUUGCCAGAUAAAAAAAUGUUUUUCGGCAUUUUUUUUUCAUUUUUAUAUAACUUUUAGAUCAUAAUAAUAAAAAAUUAAUAGUAGUUUUUGACUGACGGUUCUUUUGUAAAAUAUUAUAGAAUAACAUAUUUAUUGCCGUUUUGUUGCUAAAAUCUAGCUUAUUUACUGUAAAUUGGUAGUUAAGGCUUAUUAUAGACGAACGAUUAAUUAUUUUAUUAGAUAUAUUGAAAGCAUUCCGUAUUUAUUUCUUACCAUUGCGAUAUAUUCUUGCAGUAACAGUUGUCAGCGAUCUUAAUGAUAUAAUUUUUCAGUAUUAAUAAUUCGUUAUUGUAUGUGAAAUCAUUAUUUACAGUUAUAUAAAAUUAAAAACAUUUUUAUAUAACUGUGUGAUCGAUUUAUCUCUAAUGUAAGUUUUAUGUGUAAGCUUUAAGUUUCAUACGGUCGUGUUUUGUGACAGACGGACAGUGCAUGCGCUUUUUAUUAAUAAUUAAAAAGUAAUAAUAUUGUCUAUAAACUUUAUAAUUUAUUUGAUGUAAUAAAGACGAUGUUAG